AUGAUUUAAUAGAUAAAUUAAAUUUAUUAUAACAAAUAUGUAACGAAACCCAAUGGCUAUGGUUCAACCUAAAUAAUCAGAGACAAUACUGCUAAAUUAAAUAAACUCAUGAAAAUCAUAACUUUCCUUCUAGGUAAACGAAAGUAAUUUAAAAUUCAAUAUUUUAACUAGAUGGGAGAUUCUCUAAGGAGCUUAGUAUUUAAAAAGUUUGGGAAUUACUAAAGUUGAUGUAAUUCAUCAAGACAUCAAGCAUCAAACUGAUUUAUUGUAUUUGGCUCCCAUAUUUAUUGUAUACGAAGAUCAUAUUAAAAAUUAUGAUGUGAUACUUCAAAAGUAAAUGGUGAUAACUUAAAGAUUUAACUUGAUAUAUUAGAAUAUAAAUUCUAAAAUUAAACGCAGCUGUGGUUGCUAAGAAAAGAAAACAGAAUAUAUUCAAAGAUUCAGUAAAGUUAGAAUGAAAAUAAGUUGUUGAAACAUUAAAAUUAGUAUUUAAAACAAGAAAUAAUUAAUCUUUAAAAUAAAGGAUAAUUGAGUCAAAUUGAAUUAUCAAAGGAAUUAUAGCAGAUGCACAAAAAGAGAAAGAGAAUUAUUUGAUAAAUAAGUGAAAGAGAAAUUGAUUAAUCGAGAGAUGAAAAUAGAGCACUAAAGAGAUAAUUAGAUUAGAAUAAGCGUAAAUUAAAAUAAACAAUUCGAAUAAUGGAUAACUAUGAAAACAAAAUCUAAAUCUUAUUAAAAAAAAAAAUUAUAAAAUUUUGAUAAAUUAAUUAAAAAAAGAGAGGGAAAUGCUAUUAAAGAUCGAUAUAAAUUAAAAGAAUAAUAAUUUGAUUAGACUUUAUAGUACUAAAUGGUUAAACAUAGAGAAGAACUGAACAAUCUCAAAGAAAACUAAGAUAAGCAAUAAGAGAGUUUAGAAAUAAACUAAAUUACAGCUAUAAAUGAUAGAUUAACUAACGAAAUAAAAACAGAAAUUACUCGUAUGGAAAAUGGGUUGAAAUUAGAUUUUGAAACUAAUUCCUAGUAAACAGAUGAUUUACAAAGAUAAAUAAGUGAAUUGACUGAAAAAAUUCAUUGCUUGUGCAAAAAUUAACUGAUUAGAUCUGAAUUAACAGUCGAAAAUAGGAACUUUCGACACGGAAAGGCAAAAUUAAUUCAUUAACCAGACAAUGUUAAAUUUAAUUAGAAGAACUUGCUAAAACAAAAAGGCAUUAUGAAGCAAGAUUAGCAUAGAUAUAAGAUGAAUAUACUUAUAAAAUAAAGAAUCUCUCAUUACAAAUGGAAGAUGCUGUCAAUAGAGAACGAUAAAGUAGAGAAAAAUCAGUUAAACUAUUAUAAGAUUAUAUUAAAUUGA